UGUCCACGGCUGGGAGAGAUGUACCUUACCCUCGCCGGAGAUUCCAGCAGCUUUUUCCAUUGCUUGUAGUCACAGUGUUUGCACAGAAAUUUCUAAGAAUUGGGGGGCCCUGGUGUUUCUGGCUGACCUACUUAGUUCCUUUUCUGUUUUAAAGGGAGACGUUGGUUUUCACCAUGAAUUUUGAAGGUCUCGACCCCUCCCUUGCUGAGUAUGCUCCCACCCUCCACCCUGCACUGGACCCCGUCCUGGACCCCCACCUCAACCCCAGCUUGCUGCAGAACGUCGAGCUGGAUCCCGAGGGGGUGCCUUUAGAGGGUAUCGCAGUGCCAGAGUCAGUGCACAUCAUGGAGGGCAUGUACACCGAGCUGCACACUGCCAUCUCCGAAGUGGGCGUGCCUGUCUCCGUCUCCCAUUUUGACUUGCAUGAAGAAAUGCUGUGGGUUGGGAAUCAUGGGGGCCACGCCACCUCGUUUUUCGGUCCGACGCUGGAGCGGUAUUCCUCCUUCCAAGUGAACAGCAGCGAUGACAUCCGCCAGAUCCAGAGUCUGGAGAACGGCAUCCUUUUCCUGACCAAAAACAACCUGAAGUAUAUGUCACGAGGUGGCCUCAUCAUCUUUGACUACCUCAUGGAUGACUCUGAGGACAUGCACAGUCUCCUGCUCACAGACACCAGCACUCUGCUUGUUGGCGGGCUGCAGAACCACGUGAUCGAGAUAGACCUCAACACUGUCCAGGAGACACAGAAGUAUACUGUGGAGGUACCUGGCAUCACCAUCAUGAGGCAGUCAAACCGCUUCUUCUUCUGCGGACAUACCUCGGGGAAGGUCUCCUUGCGGGAUCUGCGCACAUUUGUGGUGGAGCAUGAAUUUGAUGCAUACUCGGGCAGCUUGUCUGAUUUUGAUGUCCAUGGCAACCUGCUGGUGACCUGUGGCUUCUCCAGCCGGAUGAACGGCUUGGCCUGCGACCGCUUCCUUAAGGUGUACGACCUGCGCAUGAUGCGGGCCACCACCCCGCUGCAGGUCCACAUUGACCCCUUCUUCCUCCGCUUCAUCCCCACCUACACCUCCCGCCUGGCCAUCAUCUCCCAGACAGGUCAGUGCCAGUUCUGCGAGCCCACAGGCCUUGCCAACCCUGCUGACAUCUUCCAUGUGAACAUGGUUGGGCCGCUGAUCAUGACCUUCGACGUCUCAGCCAGCAAGCAAGCCCUGGCGUUUGGCGACUCAGAGGGUUGCGUCCACCUCUGGGCCGACUCCCCUGAGGUCACCUUCAAUGCCUACUCUCGGGAGACCGACUUUGCCUUGCCCUGCAUUGUUGACACGCUGCCCCACUUGGACUGGAACCAGGACCUCAUGCCGCUCUCGCUCAUCCCCGUGCCGCUGACCAGUGAGACGCUGCUAUCAGACUGGCCAGCUGCCAACUCUGCCCCUGCACCCCGGCGAGCCCCUCCAGUCGAUCCUGAGAUUUUGCGUACUAUGAAGAAAGUGGGGUUCAUCGGCUAUGCCCCAAACCCACGGACCAAGCUCCGCAACCAGAUCCCCUAUCGGUUAAAAGAGCUGGACAAUGAGUUUGACAGCUUCAGCCAAGUCCCUGAGUCCCCGAUUGGGCGGGAAGAGGAGCCACACCUCUACAUGGUGGCCAAGAAGUACAGGAAGGUCACAAUCAAAUACUCCAAGCUGGGGCUGGAAGAUUUUGACUUCAAACAUUACAACAAGACGCUGUUCGCAGGCCUGGAGCCCCAUAUCCCCAACGCUUACUGCAACUGCAUGAUCCAGGUGCUGUAUUUCUUGGAGCCAGUCCGCUGCCUGGUCCAGAACCACCUGUGCCAGAAGGAGUUCUGCCUGGGUUGUGAGCUGGGCUUGCUCUUCCACAUGCUGGACCUGUCUAGAGGAGACCCCUGCCAGGGAAGCAACUUUUUGCGGGCUUUCCGCACAAUCCCAGAGGCUUCUGCUCUGGGGCUGAUCCUUGCUGACUCGGACGAGGCCACGGGGAAGGUGAACCUGGGUCGGUUGAUUCAGAGCUGGAACCGUUUCAUCCUCACUCAACUGCACCAGGAAACUCAGGAGCAGGAGGGACCGCAGGCCUAUCGGGGAGCUGGCAGCAGCAGCUUUGGGACCUCGGGGGACUCAGUUAUUGGGCAGCUGUUCAGCUGCGAGAUGGAGAACUGCAGCAUGUGUCGCUGCGGCAAGGAAACUGUCCGUGUGUCCUCCACGCUGCUCUUCACUCUCUCCUACCCUGAGAGCACUGAGAAGCCAGUGAAAGAUUACGAAUUUGCCCAGAUUUUAAAGCGAAGCAUCUGCUUGGAGCAAAGCACACAGGCCUGGUGUGAGAACUGUGAGAAGUACCAGCCCACGGUCCAGACCCGGAAUAUCCGCUGUCUGCCAGACGUCCUGGUCAUUAACUGUGAGGUGAACAGCUCCAAGGAGGCAGAUUUCUGGAAGACACAGGCCGAGUAUGCCUUUCAGAGAGCCCUGAUGAAGAGAGGAGGCUUUGAGAUCUCCAGAGGCAAAGAAAUCUCUCUUGGAGAAUGGAAGGAGCUGGGGAACCCCGACAUGGGGCAUUCAUAUUCUUCCGUGGAGGAACUGAAGAACAUUUGGAUCCCCCACGCCAUUAAGAUGAGGCUGACCAAGAACAAGGAGCUGGACAUCUGCAACUGGAAUGAAAGCGAUGAGCUGAGCCCAUCCGAUGACCCUGACUCGGUGUAUGUCUACGAUCUAAUGGCCACUGUCGUUCAUAUCCUGGAUUCCCGCACGGGGGGCAGCCUGGUGGGGCAUAUCAAAGUGGGAGAGACCUACCACCAAAGGAAAGAGGGCGUCACACACCAGCAGUGGUACCUCUUCAACGACUUCCUCAUUGAGCCUGUGGACAAGUGCGAGGCUGUGCAGUUCGACAUGAGCUGGAAGGUGCCGGCUAUCCUGUACUACGCCCGGAGGAACCUCAACUCCAAGUACAACCUCGUCAUCAAGAACCCAAUCGAAGCCAGCGUGCUGCUGGCUGAGGCCUCCCUGGCUCGCAAGCAGCGCAAGUGCCACGCCACCUUCAUCCCCCUCAUGUUGAGCGAGAUGCCGCAGGCGGGUGACCUGGUGGGGCUGGACGCCGAGUUUGUCACGCUGAAUGAGGAGGAGGCCGAGCUGCGCAGUGACGGGACCAAGUCCACUAUCAAGCCCAGCCAGAUGUCGGUGGCCAGGAUCACAUGUGUGCGCGGGCAGGGCCCUAACGAAGGCGUCCCCUUUAUUGAUGACUACAUCUCCACCCAGGAGCAGGUGGUGGAUUACCUGACCCAGUACUCGGGGAUCAAGCCAGGAGACCUGGACGCCAAGAUCUCCUCCAAGCACCUCACCACUCUCAAAUCCACCUACCUGAAGCUGCGCUUUCUGAUUGAUGUGGGAGUCAAGUUCGUGGGUCACGGGCUGCAGAAAGACUUCCGCGUCAUCAACCUCAUGGUGCCCAAGGACCAGGUGAUUGACACCGUGUACUUGUUUCACAUCCCGAGGAAGAGGAUGAUUUCCCUGCGCUUCCUUGCCUGGUACUUCCUGGACCUGAUGAUUCAGGGCGAGACGCAUGACAGCAUCGAGGAUGCGCGCACAGCCCUGCAGCUCUAUCGCAAGUACCUGGAGCUGAGCCAGAACGGCAGCGAGCCCGACGACUUCCGCAAGGUGCUGAAGGCCCUCUACGAGAAGGGCCGCAAGCUGGACUGGAAGGUGCCGGAGCCGGACAGCCAGAGCAGCCCCAAGCGUAAGCGCUCCAAGCCAGUGACUUCUCCGUUGUCUGCAGCAUGCCGGGCCUUGGUGGAUGAGCUGGAGUGGGAAAUCGCCCAGGUUGACCCCAAGAAAACCAUCCAGAUGGGCUCGUUCCGAAUCAACCCUGACGGCAGCCAGUCAGUCGUGGAGGUGCCCUAUGCCCGGUCAGAGGCGCAUCUGACAGAACUGCUGGAGCGGGUGUGCGAGAAGAUGAAGGAAUACGGGGAGAAAGUGGAUCCAUCCACACACCGGAAGACUUAUGUCCGCGUGAUCUCCCAUGAUGGGACCAAGAUGGACCUCUCCGGGGUCAAAAUCGAUGGGGAUGUGGCUUCUAGUCUGAAGUUUGCGUGUGAGAGCAUUGCCGAGGAGUACGAGGACGAACUCAUCGAAUUCCUGUCCCACGAGGCUGAGAACGUCAAGGACCGGCUCUGCAGCAAGCGGACAGACCUGUGCGACCACGCGCUCCACAUCCCUCACGACGAGCUGUGACGCGUCUGCCCCUCGCUGCCUCGGACCAACCGGACCAACGCCUCCCUGACCGUCCCCCCGCUGCCAGCAGCGCCCGAGGGGCCCCCCGAGACCUGCCUGGAGACACGAGCUGUCCCCGGGGCGGACAGCGCGACGCGAGCUUCGUCCGUAGCUGACGUUCGUAGCCGUCGGGGAGGAAGGUCGUCCCCUACCUCUUUAGUUUACCUUUUCUGUGCCCACUUCUCUCCCCCCUCCCGAGGGAGGCGGACAGACGUGCCCCAAGGAAGACUGCGGCUCUGGAGCUGGGCGCAGACGUCUCUCCUAGUCUGGUGCUUUCUCGUCCUAUUUAUUUUACUGUCUGUCGACUGUAAGUGUGGCGCUGGGAGGGUCGGCAGGGAGCGCAGGGGGGACUCCCACCGCCCGCUCCAGCUCUCCAGCAGGGAGGACCCCUGGGCCCCGGGAGGCUGGAGCCCCG